AUGUUAAAACCGCUAAUACGAAAGAAGUUCUCCAGACAUUUAUGGAGAACUGUACAUACAAGACAUUAUUCGAAUAAGAAAUUACAGAAUGUUGAAUCUACACCGGAACAGGAAUCAACUUCAGCGAUAGUUGAUAGAAUGAAGCAAAUAUUGGAAGAAAAGAUAUCUUCUCAAUCUGCAACUACAAUCGAAACUAUGAAACGUAGUGAUGAAUCACUAAAUCAAAUCUUAUCGAAAUACGACACUAUGUCAACAUCACUACCCAAUACCAAACAAGCAGCAUCAUAUAUAAAAAGUGAGCCAAUACUAGCUCAUAACAAACACGCAAAAGAUAUCUACAAUUCAAUUCCAUGGAGUGGCACCGAGUCUGUUUAUGAUUCUAAUUUAAGAAUGAUCGUUGAUUCCAAACCCAAACCCAUCAAUGAUCCAGCAAGUCUUGCAUACAAAAAGAGAAAUCCAACAAAUAAUGAAAAAUUGGCUAUGGCACGAGAUAUAUCAUUGGAUUAUAAAGUCAAUAAACCCCAGAAAGGCAAAGAUAAGGAUGGCGACAACAAAGAUGAUGAUGAUGAUGAUGGGUUUAGAGAAAUGUAUCGUGAAAGAUUAUUAGGUCCAUCAAUGCUUAUUAAUCAUAGUUCGACAUCAGUUGAUUUUGUAGAAAUGCUAGCUAGUAAUAAAAUUAAUGCCAAGAUUGAUCAAACAACAGGAAAAUUUGAAACUGAUGAUAUGCAAAAUGUUAGAGGUAAACCUUUAGAAAAGCAGCAUUUAGUGAAUUGUACUGAUUCGAAUUAUUUUAUGAAUCAAGUGUUAAAUAAGCAAGAAGUAUUACCUCCAUGGAUUGAAAGUCAACAAAAUUUGAAUAGAAAUAUAGCUCAAUUUCGAAGGAAUUUAAUUGAAAUGUGGAGCAAGUCCAAAAAAUUACAUGAAUCAGAUUUGAAAUAUAUUGAAACAAAAAUAAAUUUGUUAAAUCAGGAGAUACGAAAUUAUAAUCUUCAAUGUCCUUCUGUUAGUGGACAUAAGUUUAAGUUGAAUAAAGAAAAGGAAAUUGAAAAUGCAAUCAAGCAAGCUUUAGAAAAUCCCAUAAAACCAAAACCUAUUGAAGUGAAGAAUAAUACCGGGUUUUUGGAUAUAUUUGGUGGUGGUAGUGGUGGUAGUACACACACAAGUGCUGGUUCUAGACAGAACAUUCACAUAGACAGAAAUAUAGAUCCCAAACUAAAUGUUUGGCAAGCAAUCAAAGAUGUUUUUAGUUUAGGCAAAUAG